GCGGAAGAAGAGGCUGGAGAAGCUACCCGCGGCCCGCGCGCAGGCGCACUGACUGUCACCUGGCUCCCGGCAGCCUUGGGAUUAGGCUUCGCGUGCCACAAUUGCGGUGGGACUUCCCUGGUGGCUCAAUUGGUAAAGAAUCUGCCUGCAAUGCAGGAGACCCAUGUUUGAUCCCUGGGUCUGGAAGAUCUCAUGGAGAAGGAAGUGGCAAGCCGUUCCAGUACUCUUGCCUGGGAAAUCCCAUGAACAGAGGAGCUUGGUGGACUCUAGUCUAUGGGGCUGCAAGAGGCAGAAACAACUUAGCAACUAAACCACCAACAGGAACAAGUAUGGCCAGACUGCCCAUGGCCAUGAGCGUGCCUCGGUGCUCCUGGGGCUGAGGCUGGGCCGGCCGCCAUGAGGCUGGGUGGGCCCUGGGCCUGGCUGCUGGGCCUGCCCACGGCUGUGGUCUAUGGCUCCCUGGCCCUCUUUGUCUCUGUCCUGCACAACGUGUUCCUGCUUUACUACGUGGACACCUUUGUCUCCGUGUACAAGAUUGACAAAGCUGCCUUCUGGGUUGGAGAGACGGUGUUUCUGCUCUGGAACAGUCUCAACGACCCCCUCUUCGGCUGGCUGAGUGACCGUCGGUUCCUCAGCUCCCAACCCCGGUCAGGCACUGGGCUCUCCUCAAGGGCUGUGGUGCUGGCACGUGUGCGGGCACUGGGCUGGCACGGGCCGCUGCUGGCUCUGUCGUUCCUGGCGUUCUGGGUGCCCUGGGCGCCUGCUGGGCUGCAGUUCUUGCUGUGCCUGUGCCUCUACGACGGCUUCCUGACGCUUGUAGACCUGCACCAUCAUGCCUUGCUGGCCGACCUGGCCCUCUCAGCCCACGACCGCACCCACCUCAACUUCUACUGCUCCCUCUUCAGUGCAGCCGGCUCCCUGUCUGUCUUUGCCUCCUACGCCUUCUGGAACAAAGAGGACUUUUCUUCCUUCCGCGCCUUCUGCCUGGCGCUGGCCACUGGCUCCGGGCUGGGUUUUGUGGGGGCCGCACGGCUGCUGAGGCGGCGGGUUGAGGCGGCCGGCAGGGAGCCCGGGUGCCCGGCCAUGGCUGUGAAUGGCGGCCUGUGUGAAGAAGAGCUGCUUGUGGGCGGCGAGGAUGUGGGUAGCAUCACCUUGGGCCAGUACCUCCAGCAGCUGGCACGCCACCGGAACUUCCUGUGGUUUGUGGGCAUGGAUCUGGUACAGGUCUUUCACUGCCACUUCAACAGCAACUUCUUUCCCCUCUUCCUGGAGCAUCUGUUGUCAGACCACAUCUCCCUCUCCACGGGCUCCUUCCUAUUGGGCAUCUCCUACGUCGCUCCCCACCUCAACAACCUCUACUUCCUGCCCCUGUGCCGGCGCUGGGGUGUCUACGCCGUGGUGCGGGGGCUCUUCCUGCUCAAGCUGGGCCUGAGCCUGCUUAUGCUGUUGGCCGGCCCCGACCACCCCGGCCUGCUCUGCCUCUUCAUUGCCAGCAACCGUGUCUUCACUGAGGGCACCUGUAAGCUGUUGGCCUUGGUGGUCACGGACCUGGUGGACGAGGACCUGGUGCUCAAUCACCGCAAGCAGGCAGCCUCGGCGCUUCUCUUUGGCAUGGUGGCCCUGGUGACCAAGCCAGGCCAGACCUUCGCUCCGCUGCUGGGCACCUGGCUGCUCUGCUUCUACACAGGUCAUGAUCUCUUCCAGCAGCACCCCCUGGCCCCUGUGGGGAGUGCUCAGCCCUGGCCAGAGCCCCCGGCUCCACCCCCGGCACAGGCCCCCACACUCCGCCAGGGCUGCUUCUACCUGCUGGUGCUGGUGCCCAUCACCUGUGCUCUGCUGCAGCUCUUCACCUGGUCCCAGUUCACGCUGCAUGGGAGACGCCUGCACAUGGUCAAAGCCCAGCGCCAGAACCUGUCACGGGCCCAAACCCUGGACAUUAAGGUGGUGUGAGGGGAGUGCAAAGCCACCCUGUUGAGGACACUACCUGUAGCCCUGGGGGGGCCAGCCCUGUGUCCUGCUCUUCCGCCUCCCUGGGGUCCUGCCUGGAGGACAGAUGGCAGAGUGGGAGCACUUGGGGCUGAGCUGGAGUGUCACUGGGAUCUAAGUUUCUGCAUGGCUGUCUGGCCCAGCUUGGGCAAAGGCUGGGCCAUGUGUGUGCUCAGGGACCUGCUUCCUCCUCUAGGGCAGAAGGAAGAAGAGGACUGAGAAGGGUGGGGCCUGCCCUGUGGUCACAUGGGAUUGCUAUGGGUAUGGAGGCCAUUCCUCCUACCUGGCCAGGGCUAGCGCCCUGUGUGGGCUCCGGAACCACUUUUGCCUGGUCAGGACUGGGAGUCCUACCUGCCCCUUCCAGUGGUUUCUCUCAGAAUUCUCUGCUUCAGCCACACCUGGAGUAGCACACCCCAGCUGCUGCAGGGCACCCCUGAACCCCAAAUGACCUCUCAAUGAGGCUCAUCUCAUCACAGACUGAUUAAAGCCGGUCAUUUCUAUUUCCAUUACUGAAGUCUAUGCUGUGUAUGGGAGUGGUGGGUUGGAGAACAGGAUUCCUUAAUAAGAGCAGCCUGAGAACAUUUUCAGAGAUGAGUGGGGUAGGAUGGAGGGGGAUGCUGCAUCAGGUUCACUGAGGUAGUGGGGAGAGCCUGCAGACCAGUGGCCUCAUGGGCCCCUGGGAGCCAAACAGCUUUCAGGCCUGUGGUCGUAGCCCCAGUGUGUUUCCCAUGUACCACUGCUGGAGGUGGUGGGCAAGGAGUGGCCACUUCUAGGCUAGAGAUCCUUAACCCUGGAGUCGCUGGGAUCUUCCAAAGAUGACUUUUUUUUUUCUUUACUGUGUGACUGGGACUAGAAACCUUGGCUUUAGGCCAGUGUUUCUCAGUCUGGGCUCUACAGACAUUUGGGGCUGGGGAGUUCUUUAUUGUGGAUGGCCUCUGCCUACUAGAUGUCAGUAGCGUCUCUCCCCAGUCAUGACAACCAAGCACCUCCAGACAUUGCCAAAUGUGUCCUGAGAGGCAAACUGGCCUUAAUUGGGAACCACUGCCCUAGACCAAUGGUUAUUUGAAGGUCUGCAUCACAGUUAAGAAUGUAGUCUAGUGCUAUAUUGCCUGGGUUCAAAUUCUAGCUAACAAAGGGCAGAUUUGGGAGAAAUUACAUAAUCUCUCUCUGGCUCUAUUUCAUCAUCUGUAAAGUGAGUAACAAACAUACUUGCAUUUUACAGCUGUUGCGAGAAUCAAAUGGUUAACACUUGUAAAGUGCCUAGCAAUUCCCACCCCUAACUGCUCAAGUAUACAGGUUUAAAAUGGAGAAGUGAUUAAUCAGAAUAUCUGCGCAUAGACCCUGGGAACUGCGUUUUAAUAAACUUCUGACUUUAAAGAUGUGAA